AAAAAAUUUAUUAUUUAGCCACAACAGAGCGUGAGAGAGAGAGAGAGAGAGAGAGACGGAGAGUGAAUGGAACCGUUGAGCAGUUCGAAGUUUGAACACUUCGGAAGGAUUUUUAGAUUUGUUUUCGUUUUUUAUUAGCUCUUUCUUUGUUGUUUUGUUCGAUCGGAGGGGGUUCUGAAUCAGUAAUUCACGCUCGAUCCGUCGCUAUCGAGUAGGUGAACAGAUUUUUAUGGCUAUUUCCGGCGAAGAGCACUGAUCGGGAGGCCCGUUCCAGUUCCCUCUCCACUCUGCCCUCGCCUCAUCGAUUGCGGCCUCCGGCGAUUCCAGAAAGCUUCCCGCUUACUCUUCGAUUAGGGCAGCAAUAGGCCACUCCGCCUAACGCAUUCCUUCUCCUUCAACCUGUUCGUCGAUAUGACUCCCCGCAAGCUCCCGAUUCGGCAGAGAAAUUAUCAGUUGCGGUUCCCCGCCUCUCGUGAUUCAGAUCGAAUCUAGUGUCCUCUUUUCCUUUUGAGCGUAUUGUUAGGAUUCAUCUUUUCAAGACACUUGAUGGAAGUGUAGGGUUUGAUGUCUCACCAAACGUAGUGUUGGGACUAACUUGAUGGAAUUUCACUGGAGAGUAGCCUUGGCUUGUAUUAGUGUGGUUCUGUUGAUCCAGCUCACGAUUUGUGAGAGUUCGUUGGCUCAACCGAACAGUCUAAAGUGGACGUGCAUUUGCAAUGCUGAUCCUCUUGAAAAUGCUCCUGCAUUUAAUUCCUCCUCUUGUGGUUGCAUUUAUGGAACUACAGAUAGAAUGACAUGGAAUUGCUCUUGUUCAACACUCAACCGUCAAGUCCCUCGGAACAUUCUUCAUAACACUAGUUUCUCUUCCUGCAAUUGCACCUUAGAUCUUGCAGGAACACCUGCAGUCUCAGAGAAACAUCUCUCUAAGAAAGCUCUUUUGAUCAUUGUACUUCUGUGUGCUGCAUUUGCAACUGUUGCAUUGCUAGCAUUGUCUACAUACUGUUUCUAUUGCAACAAUAGACUUCCCACGCAACUAUCACAAACUCCAUCAGUAAAGGAUACGAGUUAUAACAGUUCAGCAAACUUGAUAAGUCAUCGAUCUGCUCAAUUUCAGCCAUGUCAAAGCAAAACCUGUUUCAUCCUCAAGCCUAUAUCAGAAAUCAUACAAAAGCUUCCUUUCAUGUUUGGAAGUGGAAAGGGAACUUUAUCCGGUGUAGUUAUCCAAUUUUCCUAUGUUGAAUUGGAGCAAGCUAGUAAAGGAUUCUCAACUGAUAACCUCAUAGGGAUUGGAGGGAGCAGCAAUGUCUAUCGUGGAGAGUUAAAGGAUGGAAGAAUGGUUGCUAUAAAGAAAUUAAGACCAUUAGGAGGGUCAGAAAUUGAUCCUGAGUUUUUGCAUGAGAUUGAACUCAUAUUGAGGUUCAACCAUUGUCAUGUGGUGCUUUUGCUUGGGUACUGUAUAGAAAACCAAGGAAGGCAAUUAGAGAGGCUCUUGGUAUUUGAGUAUAUGUCCAAUGGGAACUUGAGAGACAGUUUAGAUAGAAAACAAGGAAAAGAAGCAAUGGACUGGGAAACACGUGUGCAAAUUGCAUUAGGUGCUGCAAAGGGUCUGGAAUAUCUUCAUGAAGCAGCUGCUCCCAGGAUUCUGCAUAGAGACAUCAAAACCACCAACAUUCUUUUGGAUGACAAUUAUAGGGCUAAGAUAGCUGAUCUUGGUAUGGCUAAACAACUAAUGACAGAUGAUCUUACUAGUUCUUCCAGUUCUCCAGCAAGAAUGCUAGGGACAUUUGGGUAUUUCGCACCGGAGUAUGCUAUAGUUGGAAAAGCAUCGCAGAAGUCGGAUGUUUUUAGCUUUGGAGUGGUUAUUCUUGAGUUGAUCACUGGUCGCAGACCUAUUUUUAAAGCUACAAAUAAAGGAGAAGAUAGCCUUGUGAUAUGGGCAACAAGUCGUCUUCAGCAUAGCCAGCUAGUUGUAUCUGAGUUACCCGAUCCAGUUCUAAGAGGAAAGUUCCCUGAAGAAGAAAUGCAAAUAAUGGCUCAUUUAGCAAGAGAAUGCUUGCAAUGGGAUCCAGAUUCAAGACCAACGAUGAGCGAAGUUGUUCAGAUUCUUUUAACAAUUGCUCCUGGAAAAUCUAGAAAGAGAAAUAUGCCGACAAGUCUUGAGUGGAGUUCAUACGCCCCCAGUACCAGGGAAUCCAGCCUAAUUCAAAGUACAGCAGUUACAAUUGAACGACAUGAACCAAGUGGAGUGAGAUCUGCUCGAUCGCAUCCUCCCUGUUCCAUGUCAAUACCAAUUGAACAACAGCACUUGUGCAAAGAGCACCAAAUAGAGUUGGAGAUAGAGCAUACUGAUAGACUGAUACCGUCGAGAUCAAACUCAUGGAGUGGGAGGUCCUCGGAAGACGAAAUUGUGGACAUGUUCGAGCCUUGUUUUGAAUCCUUUAGACAGGCAAAUAUGGCACCCUCCUCCCUGUUCCAUGUUGAUACAGUUGGAUGAAACUUGUGCAACAUAUACCAAAUGAAGUUGGAGGCACAAUGCGAUUAUGGAUCACGGUUGAAAGAACCAAUCUGUCUGCCCGGAUUAUAGGAGUUGAAACUAGCAAUAGCGAUGAUUUUUUUUUUUUUUUUCUAUUCUUAGAUGUCCUACAAUUUUUUAUUUGUUUGGGGAGUUUAGAAUGAGGCAUUCCUGUUUGAAGUCGUUGAAGGGAAUAUUGUUAUUUUUUAUUAAUAUCUACAGGGUGCUGCAUACACAUUGUAUUUCUGUUUA